UAUGAUUUCAUCACACCAGGUGGUUUCGGUUUUGACAUUUAGCGCAGUUUCGCCAAGUUCGACAUCGAUAAGUUAGUUUCUGUAAAGCGACUGGUGAAGAAAUUAACUGCUGGGUUGAAGGAAGCACAAUUUCUUAGAGAACUCCCCUGAACGCCAGCUAUGGAGACGCUUCGUACUCCAGGAAAGUACAUCUGGGGCGGUAACGCCGGGAGUCAUGGGAUCAAGUUCGAAACAGACCUUGCCUACGCGCUGUUUGUGUGCGGCUCGCUACGCCAAAUUCCUUUCCGAAUGGCAACGGAAAUGAGGGAAGCAGGCAAGUGGGAGGACGUUGUUCUGUUCCGGGACGAUUUGAAGGAAGUGUGGCUCUUUCAGGCCAAGCAUAGCGACAGGAUUGGGGAUGGAAUUAGGUUCGAAGAUCUGUUUCCGAUCAACUGCGACGCCAAGAAGGAACUGGCUCUGCAUAUGUACCUGCAAGCGAUGAUGCAGUGUCGGUUGAAAGAGGAGUUUAGAGCGUUCAGAAUGAAGUUUUUCUUGUUUACCAAUAAGUCGUUGAGUGAUCGAGCAAAGUUGGAGCAGUUGCUGAAUAUUGAAUCGAGGACUGUUGAUGAACUGAUGCAGUGGAACAACUGUGGAGCUUGUCAUCAAGGAUUCGGUCCCAAGGGUACGAGAGUUGAAACUCUGGUGGAUGCAAUGAACUUCGAAUUGGUUGCUGUUAGGGACGGGAUUGUGGAUUUACUGGAGAACGGAAAAGUUUCAAACAUACUGGUAAAGUAUAAAACACCACUAAAGAGUGUGCUGAGGCUAUCAGGAGGUAGACUUCAGUUUAUGGAAGAAUUUACUACUAGUCUUGAUCAUUCAACACACAGAUGGUUGUUUGAAGAGCUUCAGAAGCACUUCAUUUGGAAUGACGAAAUCAAAUCGACAACUGGAAAACCAUUGACCAACAAGAUCAGUCCACCAAUCAAGGCUUUGUUCGAAGGAAACUCGAGAGACAAAUGUUUUCCAAUAUUGGCUAAAGAGCAAGACGUACGGGAUUUCUUCGCAAGCUUUAUUUUAUGUUUACGGCAGCCUGAUCCGAAGGAAGUGGUCGAAGAAGCGAUUAACUCUUGGAUGCGACGGUGGAUCCCGCCGAAUGAUUUCAGAAGGUUUAGUGAAGCACAGAAAACAUUGCCCCGAAUUAAAUUUUACGAAACGUUCAAAAGUUGGCAUGAGCUGGUUGAGAAGGAGAAAGAUUUUGUAUCGUUCCAUGUUGAAGGUAGGAAAUGCGUCGAAUCGAUUGUCACAGAACUAAGACAACACAUGUCGGUUAGAUCAAAUUCACGGGAAAGGUGCUAUGUUCCUCGAUUCAUACAGGAAGUCGGUAAAAGGCAAGACUGUGCUGUCAGUGAUGCGGUAUUUAUUGCGAAUAUUGGUGAAAGGAAAAGAACCGUCCUGAUUGGUGAACCUGGAAUGGGCAAGACAACCUGGAUGGAACACGUUGCCUUCGAAUUGCAGAAGAACACUGAUAUGGAAGUUUUCUUGAUUUACUUGAACAAACUCGAUGGCAGGGCAAAAGCAACGAACAAACAUAGAUUUGAAGUAUUCAUAUCUGAACUUUCUGAAAUAAACUUAAAUGCAUUGGAAACGAGUUUGAACAGUGGAACGAAGCGAACAAUUCUUCUACUCGAUGGAUACGAUGAAUUGUCAGAAUCUUUCCAAAGCGCCAUUAUAAAAAUUCUUCGGGAAUCGAUGUCAUACGACAAUCUUUAUUUGAUUGUGAGCGGUAGAAAACACAAGCAAGAUCAUCUAGAGGUCCUACUCCGAACUACAGCCAUCUGUUUGAUACCAUUCAAAUACGAAGAGCAGAUACAGUUUUUAAAAAUGUUUUGGGGCGUUCCCAUCGAUAAUUACCAAAAACAGCUGAAAUUCAGGAAUUUUGCAACUAAUCUGAUUGAAAAACUACAUACCAAUAUCAAAGCUGAGUACUUUUGUUUCACUGGACUCCCCCUGAUGAUUCGAAUGUUGGCGGAAAUUUAUGCUCAAGAUUUUGAAAGAAGUCUCAAUUCCUUUCAAGAAGACUUGGGGCAAAAGCUGUUAUCAUCCAGGAAACUGAAUUUGCUCGACUUGUUCGAACAGUUCACCUGCAUGUCGUUGAACAUGCAAAUGAAGAAGAUUCUGAAUCAGGAUGCCUAUUCAACGCUACAAACGAAUGUUGACAGGCGCUUCAAAAUUAACAUCGAGCAUUUCGACCUCGAGCAUCAACUGGCUGCUAUCAAACAGCUUGCCAUAAAUGAGCUUCAGCACUGUGUGAAACACCAGAAUUACUCACAAACAACUCUAGAGUAUAUAAAAAGAAUUCAAAAUGGCGAAGAAAAGUCCUUGCUGAUCACCGUCUCGACGGACAAUCGAAUCGAGUUCAUUCACCGAUCAUACGCUGAAUACUUCGCGGCAAAGUAUCUAUACAGAAACGUUUCCGAGUGUGAAUCGGUAUUGCUGAAAGUUCUGCAGCGACAUAAAGUGGUUCAAAUCUUCUUCUUCAUGAUGAUUGAGGAAAACUUUGAAGCUAGUCCACAGCAAGUUAAAAUUCUGGAAAACAUCUGUAAGCAAGACUCGGACGUAGCGUUUAUGGCCUGUUCAGGCGAUCACGUGAAAAUCGUGAAACAAAUGCUGGAAAAUCGCAGUGCGAAAUCGAUGAAGAAACCCCUUAAAGGAACUCUCCUGCAUGCCGCAUCUAAUGCAGGUAGUUUUAACGUGGUUUCAUUACUUUUCGAGAAAUAUCAUUUCAGUCGUCCAAGGGCUAAAAACAAAGCCCACAGAUUCUUCCAGGACCUUUAUUCAAUUUUUCUUCAAACUAAUGUCGAUAUCAAUGGUCAAGAUGGAGACGGUUGCACGCCUCUCUUCUUGGCCACUCGGAAUGGUCAUUUGGAAAUUGUCAACCUGCUACUAUACCAUUCCGCAAAUGUAGAUAUUCCAAACUAUGACAAAAUCAAUCCCCUUCACAUAGCCUACAGAUGCGGGCAUUUGGAGUUGGUUCACAUUCUAAUAGGCCUAUUGAAAAAUCUGAAUUCCACCGAUGAUCGUGCUAAAACUCUUCUUCACUGGGCUGCUGCAAGCGGUGAUCUGGAAACUGCUAGGAUGCUGCUAAACCGAUCAGUAAACAUAGACGUUCAAGAUGCGGUUCGAUGGACUCCACUACAUUAUGCUGUUGAUACCGGAGGCUACGAAAUGGUAGAACUCCUUAUAUCCCACGGCCCUGAAAUCAAUACUCCAGAUGAAAGUGGACGAACCCCGCUGCAUUGGGUGGCCUUAAACGGCAGAGUGGAAAUUGGCAAAUUGCUGCUAGAUCACAAAGCGAACCUUGAUCCGCAGGACAACGAUAGAUGUACACCUCUGCACCUAUCCUUCACCUACAGAAAUUUGGAUAUGCUCAGCUUGUUGAUAAGCCGUUCUGCCAACAUCAAUAUUUCAAACAACAACGGACAGAACUUGCUUCACCUGGCUUGCAAAAAAGGUGACCUCCUCAUCUUCAAAAUUCUUCUAAAGCAUUCAGCAAGCGUCAACAUCGCAGACAGACACGGUUGGACACCACUCCAUUUCGCCACCUCCAACGAUUACGUCCAAAUAGUCAAGCUCCUCAUCGAACAUUCAGCCAACGUUAAUGUUCCAACGAAAUCCGGCCAAACAGCUCUACACAUGGCGGCUAGAAAUGGAUACUUGGAAAUCGUCAAAGUUCUGUUAGCACAUUCAGCGGUCCACUGCCACGACAACAAACUGCAGACUCCACUGCGCUUGGCCAAUCGGAAUGGCCACUUGGAGAUAGUGAAAACGUUGAUUGCCGAACGACCAGUCAAUGUAAACGAAACGUACGAGGACGGUUGGACCGCUUUGCACUACGCCGUUGAGGGCGAACGAAUGGAAUUGGUUGAGUUACUUCUACUCAACGGGGCUCGUGUAAACAUUGAGGAUCGAAACGGUGUAACACCAAUCGACUUGGCCAUUUCGAAGGAAAAUGAAGUUUUAUGCAAUUUGUUACUUGAAAAUAAAAACAAUUAUUAGGAACCAUAAUUGACGAA